AUGGCCGUCCCACAAGCCCCUCUCAGCCUUCGCCCGAGCGACUCCGCGCUUCCCACAGCACGCAGGACAAGGGGCCGGGCCGGGCCGCUCUGUGGGGCGGGGCGGGGUCGGUCCUCCUCUCGGCGUGGCGGCCCCGCCGAUCCAGCCGCCACGCUGAGCGCCACGCGGUGCUGCCGCCUGCCGCUCUCCGUGCGGUCCGUGGCCCCUUUCGACAGCCCGUCCCAGGGGCCGUUUCGAAGCCGACGUGGUUUUUUGGCAAGCCGCGCCAUGGAGGAGGGCGGCAGGUACCGGUGUGCACCCCUGCGAGCCUGCUCUCCGCGCAUGCAGCCGCCGCCCCUGGCGGUCAGCUGCCUCGGAGCUCCCGGACGCGGCUCCGCAGGGCGCAGCGGCGAGGGCUGGCUGUCCUGCCUGGGGAAUGGCACCUUGCGACUGCGGUACCGGCCAGCCCCAGGAGCGACAGCGGAGGCAGAGAGCACAGAGAGGCAGCCUGCCUCCCCGCCGCACUGCCGCUGGUACCUGAAUUGGGGUUGGGUGAAGAACACCUCCCUCUGGUCAGGGCAGCUCACGCUCCAGUCAGGCCUCUCCCUGGGAAGCGCUCUCUGGCCGGUGGCCUCCAGUCUCAUUACAGUGCAGUGCUCAUCUGCCUCAUGCGCCGCACCCGAGUGCCUUUAUCGCAACUUGAGCAUCGAGAUGUCAGCAAGGUGGGCUGCCCAGAAGAGCUCACACACAUACCGUGAUGGCACGAGAAGCGCCGCCUGCUUGUUCCAUUGCUCUGCUUUCCCCGGGGAUCCUGAGAAACACCAAGGGUUCGUGGCAAAAGUGAGCAGCACCCGAAAUGGACUGACACCGGCUCUCCCAAGCGUCAGGGAUGACACUUCAAAAGCAACAGAGCUGGCAGUGCUUCACCAGGAAGCAGCCUGCAAAUUAAACUCGGUUACAAUUCAAAAACCUCCUCUUCAUACCUCUGUCAUACGUCAGAAAAAGGGGACAACGUUUUACCUGUAUGCCAGAGUGCUAGUGGACUGCAACCUCCACGUGUCCAUAAAGCCUCAGUGGAUAUUCUAUGCUGUUAAGGACAUGAAAACUAAUCCAGACUGGGACCAACCUUUAAAUAUAUCAGCGAUGCACGGUGUCAACACAGUACAGCUAACGGUUCCCAGCUGGACCUUGGAUUAUGGAAUGUAUCAGGUCUACUUUACUGCUUCAGUAUAUGUGCUCGGGACCAAAAGAUCCUUCAGUAAGACAGACAGGGUUUUCAUAGAGAUAGAGAGAAGUGAUCUUGUGGCAAGUAUUGCAGGAGGCAACUUCCGGACAGUGGGCUUUUUUGAUAAUUGGACUCUCGAUGGCUCCGUGUCCUACGACCCCGAUUCACCGGAACGACUAAAGGGACUCACGUUUACUUGGUACUGCACUAAGAAGCUAUUGGACUAUGAAAGCAUGAGAAUCAGUGCGGGAAAUAAAUGUCAUCCAGCCCAGAGGGAUUUGAGGUGGCUGACGUCUUCAGGGGCUGUUCAAGUGCUAGCACCGGAAUCGCUCCCGGGAAACACUGUCUACCACUUCCGUUUAGUCAUUCAAAAGGAUAGAAGACAGAGUUAUGCCGACCAAAGCGUAAACGUGCAGUCUGGCUUCUCACCUCUCCUGGAUGUGGCGUGCCUUGAAAACUGUGGCAGCGCUGUAAUUCCGACAGAGAGGUUUACGUUGUCAGGCAAAUGCCUCAACUGUCAAACAAGCAGCCAGCCAGUCCACCACUCAUCGCUUUGGAUGGAAAAUUCUUCAGAAAUUAGCUUUGACUGGUCUUCCACAACCUCAACAGCUUCUGUCCUAAACUACAUCGAAGCCGCACCAACACUCCCAAUACCCAAGGCUCAGUUGAGGGAAAGCCUGCUUAAGGCAGCUCUGAAUAUUUCGGUUGAGAGCACGAUGGAAAUUAACCAAGUGGUAGCGUCUCUUUUUCAAGUCACAGAGCAACCUGAGGAAGUGAAUGCUCGAUCGCAAGAGAUUGCCAUUACAAAACUGACUGAAGUAACCGGGGUGUUGAAAACACAGAGGAAUGAGAGCCGCUGGUCUGAACAAACAGAAAUUCAGACCACUGGAAUUCUAAAAUGCUUGUCCAACAUCCUAAGCGCUGCUCUUCUGCGUCGCAGGAAGGUCAAUGUUAGUGCAGUCACGCAAGUCUUCUCCAUCAUGGAAAACUUAACUGAGAUUGUUUUCCAAGGCAAAGUCCCUGGGGAGGAAGACACUGUCAUGGAAACCAGCAACUGGAAAAUCACUUUGAUGAAGGACGAAAACUGGGAUGUUGCAAAUGCUUUCUCUACCACAGAAGCCUGCAGGAAUUGUUUCUAUCCAACACUAAAAACUGGAAACUCUUCAAGGUUGUCUUACAAUGCCGUCAUUUCCACUGCCCUGUUUGAGUUUGAUGAAAACCCUUUCCCUUGGUUGAAUUAUACUUCAGGAAUUGCAACAGCCAUCUUGGGCUUCAAAAUGGCAGAGGCCAAGGCUAAUGGGGAUCUGCUAGGGAUCCUGCCUGAAGAAGCAAACGUCCUUAUUGCUAGGAAAGAUACCAAAUCAUUAACAUUUCAGUUAGCAAUGGGACCUGAUAAAACACAAACCUACACAACCGGAGGAUUUAGUCUGGAGGUGAACAGAGAUACCAAGAUCAUAUACAUCCAGAUCCUGACCAAAUUAGAAGUGGCUUUCCAGGUGCUCGUGUUCACUGGCACUAAUGUCACUCAGAAUUUUCCCAUCGCCUCUUUUGAUGCUUUUCACAACAUGACAACGGUGGCAAGCAAAACCAAGGCAGUGGAUGAAGAGUGUAACAUCAAGGCUCCUUACAUCAUCUGCCUCACCGAGUCAGUGCUGAACGUCGCAGCUCAAGGAAGCGGUGCUCAGAGUCAGAACAUUUCCAUCGUCUUGCUGACCCCCUACAUCACAAGGUAUCCAAACAUGAGGCUGGUGAGCAUACACACUUUUAGCGAUCACUGCUUGUUUCUGGGGGGAGUUCAAAAUCAGUGGAGGGAGGACACGUGCAGACUUGGUUCCCUGACCAACUGGCAACGGGUACACUGUGUCUGCAGCAUGAAGCGGAGUCACAGGAGCCGGUCAGUCCUCACUGCUUCAAAUACAUCCACAUUUGACAUCAAGUUCCUGGCAGCCAAAGUCAUUGUGACCCCCAACAGAGUAGAUCUCAAAGGAAACCUAAUAGCGGACAUCCCUAAGAACCCCGUGACCCUUCUAACAGUGCUCUUCAUUUUUGCAGCCUACUUUCUUUUGUCUCUCUGGGCCGUGCGGAAAGACAGGGCUGAGAUGGUCAGCAAAGACAAAAUUAUAGUUCUGCCCGACAACGACCCCUUUGAUAAAGUCAGCUUUUUGGUCACUUUGUACACCGGCAGUCGCUGGGGAGCUGGAACCAGCGCAGAUGUUUUUCUUCAGCUCAUCGGCCAGAACGGCACAAGUGAUAUCCACUGCUUGCGGCAUCCACAGUUUCCUGCUUUCCGUCGAGGAAGCACUGACUGUUUUCUCUUGACUACGAAGGAAGACCUGGGAGACAUCCGCGCCUUCAGGGUCUGGCACAACAACAGAGGCCCAUCGCCAGGCUGGUUCUUAAGCAGAGCCAAAGUUGAACACGUGUCCGCUCGGAAGACCUGGUUCUUUAUGUGCAGGAAAUGGCUUGCCCUUGACAAGGGAGAUGGCUUACUAGAAAGGACAUUUUCCGUCACCAACCCAAAAGCACCUCUAUCCAGAAAGGAUUAUUUUUUGAUUGAUCUGGCCAGUGGUCUGAAAGAGGGCCAUCUAUGGCUCUCCGUUUUUGCUCAGGUUCUCACUGGCACUUAUAGCAGGCUCCAAAGGUUAUCUUCCUGUCUAACAAUAUUAUUAUUAAACCUGUCUGUUAACAUUAUGUUCUUUAGUGCUGACAGGGAUGAAGAAUCUCCAAGACACCUGAGGUACUUGAGAUCAAUUGCCAUAGGCAUUGAAUGUGCUUUGAUUACAGUACCUGUGGAAAUGAUUAUAAUGGCCUUAUUUAAGUAUUCCCAGAAGAACCCAGAGAGAAGUCUAACUCUGCUUCCUGGGAAUCUUAAAACCUGGAGAGUACAUUUGCAAAAAAGGAAACGUUCAGAAACGUCAGCACAAUCUGGUAGCAUUAGUUCCCCGGAGAACGUUGCUGCUCACAGCGAUUCUCAGGGCCCGACGCAUAACUUGAGGAGAAGAAGAACUGAGGGAAAGACGAGAAGCCAGGGAGCUCCCCAGAACAGCAGUAACUGCCCAGUUUCUGAAGGAGGUGCAAGUACCGCCGGAGACAAGGAGCAAACAGGAAAGAAUUCCCGUCCAAAGGUUAAGGCCAGGCAGAGAAGAGUACCGUCAAAUUCCAAUUUCAGCAAUAACGGCGCAAAGGAAGCAGGUAACUUGCAGGAAGAAAGCAAGCUACUCAGCGUUAGCUCUGUGCCUUUUUGCAAGAGACCACCCAUAGUUUGUUGUUGGUGGUGUGUCUAUCUCUCGUGGGUGUUAGUGAUAAUUGUAAGUGGGGUAUCGUCAUUUUUCAUUGUACUGUAUGGUCUGUCUUACGGCUACCAGACUUCGCUGGAGUGGCUUUUAGCGUCGGCAACUUCCUUUAUUCAAAAUGUGUUCUUUGUUUCAAUCAUAAAAAUCAGUUGUUACUCAGCUUUGAAAACAGUUCGUCCAAAAUACUGUGAAAACAUUCCAUGGUUUACCCAGGAUCUCUCUUCUGAGAUUAAAGCAGAAAAGGAAGCAAUGAAUGAAGAAGAGAUGCGGGAGAAGCACUUCAAGCUUGCCCAGAUCAGAGACACCAAGCAGUACAAGCCUUUAAAAGAUGGGGAAAUUGCAAAGAUGCUGGAAACGGCAAAAAUUAAAGUCAGGGCAUUCAUUUUCAUAAAAGAUGUUAUCGGUCACCUUGUGGUUUUAGCAGUUGUCUUAUGUUUUGCUUAUUCUACUGAGAACACUAACAGUUUCCACUACAACCAAUUUAUUCGGAACCAGUUCUCUCCCAGACUCCCUGCUGUGGUUAAGCUGGCAGAUAUUUACACGUGGGUGAACGACACCUUCUUGCCUUUGAUCCACAACGACGUUCAGCCAACUUUUCUUACCGACAGCUCAUCCAAAAUCAUCGGUUUGCCUAGGAUGAGGCAAGUGCGGGCUAAAGGUACUGAGAAAACGUGUUUCCACCCUCACAGCUUUGUAAAUAAAUUUGUAAUCAGUAAAAGCCACUGCCUUCACAAAUACGGCAGGGACCUCGAAGAGAAAGGUGACUAUGCUGGCACGUGGACAAAAGUCGCCAACCGUUCUUUUUCCGAGGAAACCAGCAGUUACCCUGGGUUUACUUACCAACCAAACAGGGCUCCCUGGACUUACUUCUCAUACGGAGAUCUGCACACAUAUGGACCAGGAGGAUACACGUUUUACUUUUUCCCUGAAGAAGGAAGACGUAAUUCAACAACAAGGCUGGAUUUGCUGCAGGAGAGCAACUGGCUUGAUGAAAAGACCUGGGCUGUGAUCAUCGAACUGACUACGUUCAUGUCUGAUGGAGAUCUCUUUUGCAGCAUUUCAGUCAUAUUUGAACUGUCUGAUUUUGGGAUCAUAAAACCAACUUUGUCAGUACACUCAUUUGCUGUCCCCAUUUUCCAUCAGCAAACUAAAGGUCAACAAUUGUUUUUCCUAGCUGCUGUUGCCUUUCUGCUCAUGUACGUUGCAGAUGGCCUCUACAGCAUGGUCCAAGGAAAAAAAAAUAUUUCCAGGACAAUCAGCUUCAUCUUAAAAUUGGCAUUCUUCCUGAUUGUUCCUUUCCAGGUUUUAAAGUUCAAGAUGGGAGCUGAUAUCGUUCAUUUUUUCUUACUUUAUCCAAACGAUUUCAUUCCUUUUCAUGCAGCUUCUCAUCUAGAUCAGAAUCUAAGGAAUACUUUGGGCUUUUUGGCAUUUCUUGCAGUUUUGAAGACACUAAAGUAUUCUCAAUUGUUUUAUGAGGUGCGUCUGGCUCAGAGAUCAAUCUUGGCAGCCCUUCCUGGGAUCUCCUCAAUGGCCUCUGUGGUGGUGGUGUACUUCUCUAUCUUUAUGGCUCUUGGCUACCUUGUGUUUGGCCAGCAUGAAUGGAAUUACAAUAAUAUGAUUCACUCAGCUCAGACCGUAUUCUCUUACUGCGUGUCUGCUUUCAGAGAUACUGCAUUUUCAUCCAGCAGGCUGAUGGGUGGUUUUUUCCUCACCUCCUUCCUGCUGGUGAUGACCUGUGUUUUGAUCAACCUCUUCCAAGCUGUUAUUAUGUCUGCCUAUGGAGAUAGGAAACAACUUGUCUGUGAAGAACCACCUGAUGAAGCAAGAGCGGUUGCUUUCCUCCUGCAAAGGAUGAAAAAGAUGCUGUGUUUUCCAAUCUGUAGAACGGCCAAAAGAAGUGACCCCAAUCUUUGCCACGGUGUGCCCAACGGGCAAGCUGAGAAGAGAGUUCAGUGACAUUCGGGCCUUGAGAAAAGAAAAGCAAACGGGGAAAAAUGGUUUGUCUUGUAAUAAGAGCAAAGCAAGAUACUAUUUUCCAGACCACCUCUAGUCUGUAACGCUUGUGUUUCAAAUAAAUGUUUUAAAUUA